CAAAACCAAAGAAAAAAACCAAGUAAGGUACCACAAAUAUAUGACAAUGGCCUACAUCACCAAGGUUGGUAGUAGCAGCAUGACCAAUGGUGUAACCACAGUAGAUUGUCAAAAACAAGUUCGAUCAUGGAGGCUUCUACGUUCACUCAUUGAACUACUAAUCCCUACUUGCAACUGCACCUUAGUAGAACAAGACCAAGAUAUUAGUAAUUCAAAACACUCUCACCAAAACUAUAACAAAUAUCCAUCAUCACAUUCUUCACUCAUGACAUCUACAACAAUUACUGGCACGAUAUUCGGAUACCGUAAAGGAAAAGUAAGUUUUUGUAUUCAAUCCAGCUCAAAUUCCACAAACCCUAUUCUUCUUUUAGAACUUGCAAUUCCAACAAGUGUUUUAGCAAAGGAAAUGAGAGGAGGAACGUUGAGAAUUGUGCUAGAAAGUGCUACCUCAGGAUCUUGUAACAAUAACAGUAACUUGUUUUCAACUCCUCUUUGGAUUAUGUACUGUAAUGGGAGGAAAGUCGGGUAUUCGGUUAAGCGUAAGCCUUCAAGAAGUGAUUUAGAAGCACUUAACUUGAUGCGGUCGGUUUCUGUUGGUACUGGUGUUAUAAAUGGAAAAGAGAUUUGUCAAGAAGAUGAUCAACUUAUGUAUCUUAGAGCUAACUUUCAAAGGGUUCGUGGUUCUUCUAAAUCUAAUUGUGAAUCUUUUCAUUUGAUUGAUCCUGAAGGAAGCAUUGGUCAAGAGCUUAGUAUUUUCUUUUUUCAAUCAAAAUGACCUUGUUGAUGUUUUCGUUUAGAAGUCAUGUCCGCUGCAUUUUUUUUUCUGAGGUAUUGUUCGCUUUGGAUCUUGAGUGUGUCCUCUGUGACUUUGUCGUUAAAAGGCGUGUGAAUAGGUUGGGGAGACGGGAUGUUUAUAAACUACUAUUAACCUUGAUUUGCAAGUCAUGUCUGAUUUUUUGUUGAUCCGGACCGGUUUCAAUCAUUCAACUUGAUUAAUUUAAUUAUCCCUUUUUGAGCUAUGCCAAGCUAUUGUGGUCAAUCAUGGCUUUAGCAGACAUGGCUUUAUGAUUGUUAUUUGUUAAUAAGUUUAAUUUCUUCUUUUUUUUUUGAAAAUGUAUUGUACUUUUUUCUUCAUUGGUUGUACUAGCUAGGACCAGAUGGGGUGAUAAAUUGGGAGAGAGAGCACGCCAAGCCUAUAGGCUUUUUUUUCCCUCUCUUCUAAUGGAAAAAAUAAGAAUUGUGUUGUACCUAAUAAUACUUACAAUUUCCAUUUAGUAGUGUGUAUGGUUUGAACAUUAAUUACACUUGGAUUCUACUAAUCCUUUUGGCUA